AUGGAGGAGUGGGGGUGGGCGACGGUGCGGCUGGGCGCCGUGUGGCUGGCGCUGGUGUUCGCCCUCGUCGUGCUGCCCUCGGCGCUGGACAUCUCGCUGGGCAUCUCCGAGGCCUACAUGCGGCUGCUGGUGAGGACGCUGGAGUGGGCCACCAUCAGUGCAGAGAAAGGGGGCCCAAAGCCACGACCAGAGAAGCCCAAGAGUCCUGCUGCUAAUGGCAUCAUCCAAAGGGUGGAGACCCCCAUGGAGAAGGAGAUUGCGCGGCUGCGGCAGGCGGACUUUGAGUUCUCCGACAUCUUCUACUUCUGCAGAAAGGGCUUUGAGGCCAUCGUGGAGGAUGAGGUCACCCAGAGGUUUUCCUCUGAGGAGUUGGUCUCCUGGAACCUCCUCACCAGGACCAACGUCAACUUCCACUACGUGAACGUGCGGCUGAGCUUGCUGUGGGGGCUGGGGGUGCUGGUGCGCUACUGCCUGCUGCUGCCCCUGCGCUUUACCCUUGCUUCCAUUGGGAUCAUGUCAGUGAUUGUGGGCACAACAGUGUUGGGACAGCUGCCAAACAGCAGGGUGAAAAGCUACCUGAGUGAACUGAUCCACCUGACCUGCUGCCGCAUCCUGGUCAGAGCUCUCUCUGGUACCAUCCAUUUCCACAACAAGGAGAACAGGCCUCAGAAAGGAGGGAUCUGUGUUGCCAACCACACGUCGCCCAUCGAUGCCAUCAUCCUGACCAGCGACAACUGCUAUGCCAUGGUGGGGCAGGUGCACGGCGGCCUCUUGGGGGUGAUGCAAAGGGCCGCGGUCAAGGGCUACGCGCACGUCUGGUUCGAGCGCUCCGAGAUGAAAGAUCGCCACCUAGUGGCCAAGCGGCUCAGGGAUCAUGUGGCUGAUAAAAGCAAGCUCCCAAUCUUGAUUUUUCCUGAAGGCACCUGCAUAAACAACACCUCUGUGAUGAUGUUCAAGAAGGGGAGCUUUGAAAUUGGAGGGACAAUCUACCCUGUGGCAAUGAAAUAUGACCCCCAGUUUGGGGAUGCCUUCUGGAACAGCAGCAAGCACAGCAUGGUCAGCUACCUGCUGCGCAUCAUGACCAGCUGGGCCAUCGUCUGCAACGUCUGGUACAUGCCCCCCAUGGUCAGAGAGGAAGGUGAAGAUGCUGUGCAGUUUGCCAACAGAGUGAGGUCAGCCAUUGCUCACCAAGGAGGCCUGACUGAGCUGCCCUGGGAUGGAGGGCUGAAAAGAGCCAAAGUCAAGGACACCUUCAAAGAAGAGCAGCAGAAGAACUACAGCAAGAUGCUGGUGAGGAAUGGCUCAGUAGGAGGUCCCUCUGCAGAAGCAGAGUCAGACUGA